GUCUCAGUCCUCCCAUCUGGCAACCCUGAACCUAGCUUGCCUCCGUUUAGCGUCUCAUGUUAGCAGUUGUAGUGCAUCACAGCUUCAAGCUUGUACAAAGAUAUAAAAUAAGUACGUUUUGGUACAUGCACAGUGGUGAGACUGAGACUCAGGGAUGUGGGUUCAUGCUAACGUGGUGAUUUGAAGGCAACAUGAAUGAGGAAUCUUCCUGUAAAUGCCCCGGCCAAACUCUCCCCUGGGGAUUUAAAACCAGGUCUGAUCUCUUAUCUGAGUACACCCUGGAAGCACAGCCCUGCCAGUAACGUUACAUCUCGUGAUGGACACCGACCCAAAGAUGACAACAUAAAAUCUCACAGGAAUGGAAGUGACUGUGGUCAAAGUCCUUUGUAUGGAACUAAGACUGAACAUGAAAUAGUUUCAUUACAGUUAAAAACUGAGGAUAAACUGUGGAGCAGUUUCCAGUCUACUUUCUGAAGUUGUCUGGAGUCCCAGUCAACCAGGAGAAGUCAAACUUUUUUUGAUGAAAAGGACAGUCACACUGCAGCAGAAAGAUCUGAACAACCCAAGGAGACUGAUGACGACAAGAAACAUUUCUGUGAAAUUUGCAAAAAAGAAUUCAGACUUCAAAGUCAUCAGUGCCAGGACACCAAGAAACGCAAUGGAGGAGUCAAGCCAGACAAAUGUAUUUAUUGUUGAACUUGUUGAGCCAUGCAAAGUCGCACACACUAAAAAGACUUCUAUCAUGACAAAUGUGCAAGAGAAACAAGAUGCAGUUGGUGGUUUGAUCAACUCAGAUGGAGAAGAGUUAGAAUGGGAUCCUGGAAGCUCCAGCAAGGCUCCUGAUGUUACAUUACCUCGUGACACGCACACGGCAACACCAGCCACAUGUGAAUAUAGCCAUCCUCUGAAAACGACACCCAGGAAACACCUGAAGAAAACUGAAGCUGGGGAGCUCUUUGGCUAUACAGAAUGCAGCAAAGAUUUCCAGAGCAUAUACACCAGAGGCCGCCAUCUGAGAGAAAAACAUGGACAACAUCCAUGUCACAAGUGCUGCGACUGUGGACAGAUAUUUAAAAUUAAACGAAGCUUGAUGGUCCAUCUGCAGAUCUACCAUCCAGCACCUGCAGUGGCUGUGGAACCUGAAGAAGACCGAAGGCCUCCAAAGACUUAUCUUUGUUCAACAUGUGAAAAGCAAUUUCCUACGAGUGCCUCUCUGAAAAGGCACCUCAUAAUUCACUCACGGAAGAAACCGUACAAGUGCACUUCAUGUGGAAGAGGUUACACACAGAUUGGAAACCUUAAAACACACCAGAAGGUUCAUAAAGGGAAAUUCACCAAUAUGGCAGCAUUAGAGAAAAGCUUCCCUCAACCUGAAGAGGCCCAGUCAUCAGUGCGAAUCUGCUUCUGUCAUUUGUGUUGGACACAAUUUUCAGAGAGACAACUAUUAGAGGAACACUUAAAACAAGUCCAUGAGUCAAAGAAACCUUUUUCCUGCGCACAGCGUGGCAAGACAUUUAUGUGCAUCCAGAAAUUAAAAGAACAUGAAGCUGGGCACGAGGGCCCGAAGCCCUACCAGUGCUCGCAGUGUGAUAAAGGUUUCCAGACCUCAAAGGGACUCGAGAAUCACAUGCGAGAUCACACAGGAGAGAAACCUUUCCUGUGCAUUAUAUGUGGAAAAAGUUUUAAGCAGAAAUCUACUCUGAGAGCGCACUAUGUGUCGCAUUCUGGAGAGAGGCCUCACCUCUGCUCCAUCUGUGGUAAACGUUAUACGAGAGCUGAAGAGCUUAAAGUUCACCUCAGAGUUCAUACAGGAGAGAAGCCCUACCAGUGUGAUGAGUGCGGGAAGAGUUUCUACUAUAGGCAAGGCUUCAACAACCAUAAGAAGACUCACAAUGCUAAACCCAUAGGGCCCACCAGGCAGCUGGGCAGACCUAGACAGGUGGGCAGUACCAGGAAGUCAAGACGGCCCAAGAAGAUCUUUCAGAGAGCUCUGCCUGAUUCAGACGGAGAGGACCUGACCUGGGAGCCUACUGACCUUGGAAGUAGGUCCGAGCGUCACUUUGGCAACCAAGACAAUCAUGCUGCAGAGAAGCACAGGCAGACAUCUCCGUGGAACUUUGUUCAAUAUACAGCUUUUAACCUGUGGGACCAAAACCCAAAUACAUGUAACAGGAGAGCGACAGAUGGCCACCAGACUUAUGGUGCUCCAGCAAGAGCAAGCAUUAAUUUCAGUGACCUGCUCAGGAGCACGACAGAUCAGGAGCACUUUAAAGAGAGCUGUCCAGCAGAGCAGCCCUCAUGGCCUUCUGGGACUUUAUCUGUAUCACCACCCUGUGAGCUCGGGUUCACCACACCCUUCCCACAUAACACCACAUCAAAGAAAAUGCUUGUGAGCAAGGCGGGUGCAGUAAUAAAUCACCAUGAAGAACACAGACCUGAACAGGACCACGACCACAGGACAGCAACUACAGAAGAAACUUUAAGACAGCCGGAUCCUGAACAUAGCGGCUCCCACAAACAGCCUCAGGAAAAGCUGUCUGCGAGGCCUAAAAAAAAACAGGAGCCUAGCAGACUCAAAAAGAGCUACGACUGUCCGACUUGUGGAAGAGUGUUCUCUCACAACACUGCUCUGCAGCGACACCUUGUGAUUCACUCAGGGAAAAGACCUUUCAAGUGCUUCAUAUGUGGAAGAGGAUUCACCCAGAGUGGAAACCUCAAAACACACAUGAAAGUACACAGAGGAGAUUUACCAACUUGGACAUUAGUGCAAGAGAAGAGUGUCCCUAAAGAAUCUGCUGUAACAGUUCAUGUGUGUGGAGAGUGUGGCAUGGACUUCCCUCAGAAACAGCAGCUGGAGGAACACCGCCAGAGUCACAGAAAGCCUUACGCAUGUCCUGACUGUGGCAAGACAUUCAAAAAUGAAUAUUAUUUUAAAAUACAUAAGCGUGUUCACUCAGGAGAAUCACCUUUUAUCUGUUCAGAGUGCGGAAAGAGUUGUGUCACAGCAGAUUCACUUAAAAAACACGAGUUGACGCACACUGGAGAAAAGAAUUUCCACUGUGAUCAGUGUGGGAAGGCAUUUUCGCAAUCUUCCCACCUCAGUGUGCACCUCAAGACUCACACCGGAGAGCGGCCUCACCUCUGCUCAAUCUGUGGCAAAAGGUAUUCCAAAGCAAGUGAUCUGAAAGUUCAUCUUCGAGUUCACACUGGAGAGAAACCGUAUACUUGCGAGAAGUGUGGCAAGUGCUUCUAUUACUCUCAAGGCUAUCGAACACAUCUGAAGAUUCACGAAAAGAAGCCAAAGGCUCCCACAAAACCAUUGGGGAGACCAAAACAACAGCCAUUAGUGGUAAAUAAUCAUUUUUUUAUGGGCUCUGAAAACCCAGAGGACUUUGGACCCGCUGUGAUCCUCGCCGAGGAAGACCAGCAGGAAAUUGGAGGCCUGAUCAACUCGGAUGGGGAAGAAGUGGAUUUCUCAGAUCUCAGAGAGAAUGCAAUCCCUGUCAAUGUACCUGCAGAGCCUCCCUCCAAGACAUUUGAUCAAAGCGAGAAUGAGAAACCACCGUCUCUUCACAGCUGCUCAGUGUGUGGGAAAGACUUCCCUUACGCCUCUAAGCUUCAGCGCCACCUUCGUACUCACUCAGGAGAGCGGCCUUUCCCUUGCUCCAUGUGUGAGAAGAGAUUUCCAGAAAAGGGGCUGCUCAUGAUCCAUGAAAGGGUCCAUACUGGUGAAAAGCCAUUCCCAUGCACUUUCUGUGAAAAAAGAUUUGCCAGUCAGGGUGAGCUCAGACUGCACCGGCGGACUCACACUGGUGAGAGGCCGUAUCACUGCUCCAUCUGUCUGAAGAGCUUUUCCCGACACUGGCAUUUGAAAACUCACUUAGAGGCGAUGCAUUCUGAGGUUGUUGCUGGCUUUACGAGGAAGAAGUUUCCUUGUUCGGACUGUGAAAAGAGCUGUAACUCAGCAGCUGAGCUUAGAGAUCAUCAGAGGACUCACACAGGAGAAAGGCCCUACCAGUGCUCUUUCUGUGACAAAAGGUUUGCCUUGUCGGGUACACUUGUGAGACACGAGCGUCUCCAUACUGGCAUUACACCCUACCACUGCUCUGACUGUGGGAAGACAUUUGCACAGCAGUGGACUCUGACGACGCACAUGCGGACUCACACGGGAGAAAAACCGUACAGCUGCACACAGUGCGAUAAGUCUUUUGUAGCUCCGGGAGAACUUCGGAGGCACACCAGGAUUCACACAGGAGAAAAGCCGUACACCUGCGCGGACUGUGGAAGGCACUUCUCACUGGCAGGAACUCUUAGAAACCACAAAAGAUCGUGCACACAGAACAAGAAUGGAUCAGUUACAGGCGUCAUCUCAGACCCAGUACAAGCUGCAGUUGGUGAAUCAUCCCAGCAAGACUUGGCUGAUAACAUCAGCUCUGAGGUGUCUGACAGUCAGAGUUUGCACAGUGUAGUUGAGCCCUAUUCAUCAGAGGGUCUUAACUGUGACAAAGCAGCUCAAUGUGAAAAUAACCUUAGAGAACCAGAAGAGCGACUGGAGGACAUCGUUUCCAGUCCAAAUAUGAAUGUAAUAGUGAAAGAGGAGGAAGAGGAGGAACCUUUGUGUGUAGAAGAAGCUGCUGACCAGGUGUCUGAUAGUGAGGAUUGUACCAUGCCAGAGGAAACUGAAGAGCAGCAGCAGGAACGCAACACAGAAAUUAGGAUAACAGUAAAAGAGGAAGAAGAUGAACUUGCCACCAUGUCUGAAGAGGAUCCCGAUCAUGUCGCUGACAGUGAAAAAGACAGUCCUCCAGCCUCACUAGUGCAGGAACAGUUGAACGACCAUCUGACAAAGAGCUCUUACUGCUGUGGGCUCUGCGGAAGAGACUGUCACAAGAUGUCUGCUCUUCAGAUUCACAUGCGAAUUCACUCGGGGGAGAAACCUUACCAGUGCACUCUGUGUGGGAAGCAGUUCACCCAGAAAGGUCAACUCAAAGGUCACCAGAAAGUCCACACGGGGGAGAAACCGUACUCCUGCCCGGACUGCGGGAAGAGCUUCGCCCACUCAGGGGCCAUGAACAGACACCGGCUCACGCACACAGGCGAAAGGCCCUACCACUGCUCUGUGUGCGACAGGAGCUUCAACCAGUCCGGCCGCUUGAGAGAACAUGAGAAAAUCCACUUUGGGGAGAAGUUUGACUGUCCUGAGUGUGACAAGAGCUUUACACGAGCUUCAAGCCUCAAGAACCAUUUCAGACUUCACACAGGAGAGAGGCCGUAUGGCUGUGACAUCUGUGGGAGAGGCUUCAGCCGCUCACAAAGCCUGAGGCUCCACAGACGCAAACAUGAGCAGAUUCAGACUGAAGACGAGUCUGUGUUCAGUGUGAACAACGAUGAUUUAUCACAGAGUGGCGAUAACUCUCCAAUUAAUAUGUGUAUAACAGACAAAAAUGACUGAUAAUGUAUUUAUAUAAACCAUAGAGAUAUGUACCAGUAGUAGUAUUACAAUAGAAAAAACAUGAACUGAAAGAGGGGAAAGUAAUGGACUACCUCUGUGAAUAGACCGUCAUUUAACCUUUUUGUGGUGGUUCACAAAAAAGUAUUAAAACUAAAAUAUUUAACUCCCAGAGCAGUUGAUAAAAAUUAAUAAAUGUCAGGUGAUGUUCAGCAACUAACGACACAAUUUCAGACAGAAUCACCAAACACAUAUUUACUACAAACACAACUUUCGUAAAAUCUUGGAAGCUGUUUAGAUGAUAAAUUUUUAGGUAAUUUAUCACUCUUACGUAUGUUAGUUGCAUCAAAAUAUGUCACUAGUAUCACACAUUAGUAUUUAUGGUAGUACAAAUGAAUCGUUUAAGGUCUGUGAUUUAACUUUUUCCCAUGCAUUAUUUGUCAUUCAAGCUAAUUGUGUAUGUGGAAAUUGGAUUGAAGAGUAAUUAUGCUUUUGUAUCAGACGUUAUGAUGGCCAACGAGCAGUCUAGGAAUCAGGUGAAACUGUAAUUCAUUCUUUGGGUAUGAGCUACUGAAAUGUCAGAACAAUUUUGCCAGUAAUUAAACAAUGGGAUCGUGAUAUUAAUCAGGUUUUUUUGUUGUUGUUGUUGCCAAAACCAUUUUGCCUUAGUGUUGAAUCAUUUUAUCUCUGUUUUGUAAAGCCGUUAUUCAACAACCAAAUCAUGAAUCGGCUUCACCUGGUUUAGACAAAGGCUAAGUUACCAUUGUGAAUAAAGGAAUUAUCCUCUAAGGCUGUGAUACGAAAGGCAACAAUUUGAAGCCAUGUAGACGGUAAAUUUUGCCUAGUGCUGCCUCUGUCUAAUUGUAUGGGACAUAUUAUACUGAACAAUAAAAGUACAAGUACUAAA